UCUUGUGCGCUCAGCUCCACUUUCAUCUCUGAGGUCACUGGUAUCAGAGGGAAGAGGGACUCUGGAAAAUGAGCAUUGUUUUGAGUCGUUUGGAUAACUGGUCGCCUAAGUUUUUAAAGUGAGAAAUGGAAACGAUGCCUGUUACAAGAUAAAUACCUCUUAGGUUCCACACGGUGCCUCUGAUCUUACAGCUCCUCUGUCUGUCUCCAGUACCUUUGAAGUAGGUGCAAAUGCCAAACACUUAGACAAAUCUACUUCUCCUUACAAGAGGGUGCAAAAACCAAGUUGCCAUGGGAAACCAGUUGACAGAGAUUGCCCCAAAUACAACGUUCCUGCCUAACUUCCAGUCCAUCCACGUUGUGGUCAUUGGUUUGGACUCCGCAGGCAAAACCUCGCUUCUCUACAGACUGAAGCUGAAGGAAUUUGUUGAAACUAUCCCAACCAAGGGAUUUAACACUGAGAAGAUUAAAGUUCCUGUGGGAAAUGGCCGUGCCAUUACCUUCCAGGUGUGGGACGUGGGUGGACAGGAGAAGCUUCGGCCUUUGUGGAAGUCCUACACGCGGCGGACGGACGGCAUGGUCUUCGUAGUAGACUCCACGGAGGUGGAGCGCAUGGAGGAGGCUAAGGUGGAGCUGCACAAGAUCACACGCACGUCAGAGAACCAGGGAGUGCCGGUGCUGGUGUUGGCUAACAAACAGGACCUUCCAGUCGCGCUGCCUGUUUCUGACGUGGAGAAGGUUUUGGCUGUACAUGAACUGAGUGCCUCCACCCUGCACCAUGUGCAAGGAUGCAGUGCGGUUGACGGGCAGGGGUUAGAACCGAGUUUGGAAAAACUGUAUGAAAUGAUCCUCAAACGAAAGAAAAUGGUGAGGCACAGCAAGAAAAAAAGAUGAGCUGAACGGGACGGCAUGUUUGCGAAGCUCCUCGGUUGUAGGAUUUUGCAUCGAAUCCCUGAAUGAAGGAAAUGCUCCAGAUGGCCCAGUGGUCCGGAGAAAAUAGAUUUGACCUUUAUGUGUCACACAGUAUUGAACUGCUUUCUUCCAUGCCUAGUAAUUGCUGUGCAGCUCCCCUUUGUAAUCAAGGAAAAUGUGAUGGCAGGGACAGGCUGUAGUUUCAGCAGAAUAUAAGCCUACGUCCUUGCCUUUCUUCCUUUUUUUUUCAAGCAAGAAAGAGACUAAAUUAUAGCUUGGCAACAUUUUCAGCAGACUUCAGACAUCAUUUUUUUCAACAAACUUUAAGUUGAUUGCCAGUGCUGAUAUAAUAAAAGGCCAUAUAAAUGUUCACGCUAUGCUAGUUGUGAAACUGAAGUCUUAAGCGAAUCACUGAGAUUCACUCUUCACAUCUACUUUCUACUUUUGUUUUUAUCUGCUGUAAAUAGUUUUUGUAAAGCUGUAGAAGUAAUAAAUUAUAGACUGCUUUGACACA